AUGACUAAUUUUUGUGAAACAUCGCAAGGGCAAAAACUAUCUCAAAAUGUGCCACUCUCACCAUUCUCCAAAUCUUUGGCCUUUAGCUACCUCCUGAAUUCUAGCCACAACUGCCGAGCCGAUUCCCCGUGGACUAUGCCUUCGACUUUCAAUUUGGUCAACCUGGUAAAGCGGCACGUUCUUUUCUGGUCUCUGACUUUGGCACUGGUGUCGUCCUCGGUCACCCCAAGGCGGCCAGUCCUAACCAGAAUCCAAUCCAAACCCCCAAAGCUCAAGGUAGCGCCUCAUAGAAUGCAUGGAUUCAAGGGACUGAGUCCACGUUUUCAAAAUUCUGAAAUUUCGACUGCCACCAAUACCCACGUUCCUCGACCAGGUGAGGAAAUCGUGAAUUCGGAUUGCUGUGGCGGGAAUGCGCCAGACCACCGAGUGAGUGUAUCGUUGCAUCAACACUAG